AGAUAUCCAAGACAUAUUGUAAUAUAAUAUAUGAAGGUUUAACUGGUGAUUACUGAUCGUGUACCGUUUGACCGGUCCGGACCAGCGCAGUCGAGUCAGUUCAUUUUUGUCGUUUUCAUUCGAUCUGACACCGCGAACGAAUGAAGUCAAUAAAUAUAACCUACGAUUACGUACAGGUUAUCAAUAGCUAUAUAAUAGGUGUUUGUGAAAUACGGAUUUAAACGAAAUAUCUAUUUUGUCGAUACAAUUUUGAUAGGUACAUAUUAUUGUUAUACAGUUAGUAUGUAGGCAAAUUUAUCUUCGGUGGCGCAGUUUUUUUUCUACACGAUAUAACUUAAUAUACCUAUUCUAUUCAAUUAUAAUAUUAUAUUGGAGAAAAUCGGUUACAACGAAUAAUGGCCAACACGUCCAAAACCUGCAUCAUGGACACCGUCAACAAGGGCGUACAUCUGUCCGGUGCCGUGCUCUUCACUUACUCACUUUACUAUUAUUACACAUACGUCAACAUACCAGCCCGCCUCAACCCCCUAGAUGAGGCCUUUGGCGGGAAAUUCAAAUAUCUAACUUUCUGCAAUAUGGUCAUCCAAACCGUUUUCUACCUGUACGCGGUAUUCGUAGAUCACAUCGCUGUGCGUACUUGCUCAGCUGUCACGUCAGAGUCGCUUAAAAGAAGCAAACACAAUUUUUUUACAAUUUUUGCAUUCCCCCUGUCGAUGUUUAUUGCCGUAAGCUUUUGGCCAAUGUGGUUUGCUGAUAAAUCUUUAGUUAUGCCUCUGCACUAUGAUCUAUACUUCCCGUCUUGGCUGAAUCAUGUUACACAUGCGCAUAUUUUUAUAUUUGCAAUAUUAGAAAUGAUCACAACUUACAGAGAAUAUCCAUCCAGGAUUACAGGGUUGUCUGUUUUUAUUACUUUUAAACUUUGCUAUUUGGUUUGGAUUAACUAUGUAUUUUACAAGAGUGGCAUGUGGGUUUAUCCUAUUCUUGCGAAACUAAACUUACCAUUGAGAGUGAUGUUCUUCACCGGAACCUUUUUAUAUGCUCCAUUUACCUAUCUAGUUGGUGAAUAUUUUAAUAACAUUUACUGGGGUAUUCGUCCUUCAAAUAAAUCCAAUACAACAAAGAAAGAAUAAAACGAAUACAAUAGGUAUUAAUUUGGCAUCAUACUCAAUUUUAUAUGUUUAAUGUACCUGAAUGUCCAGAUUUUUAGGUACUUAUAAAUCGCAUGUAUGUGUUAUUUAAUUUUGAAUUGUAUAAAAUAUAUCAAAAUGAGAUCUAACCUAUAAUAGGUGUCUAUAA